UGCCUUGCUCAAGGGCUCAACAGUGGCAGCUUGGCAGUGCUGGGGCUUAAACCCCUGACCUUAUGAUCAGUAACCCAGAGUAUUGAAUUGUGUUAACGAAGUUACUUGUUUUAGUAAUGACAUUAAUUCUUGCUGACUGAGAAACCUGUCUGUGAUGCAGCCUUUUGUUGUAUUGCGUUUAUAAUAUGAAUGAUUUCUAUAACCAUGGCGGCAUAACAAUGAUAUUAAGAGGUGAACGCAGGAGGAUGCUGAAGGCCCGCCAAUGACGAAUGUGUGCACACUUAACCAGCAUGACCACCACAGGAUGUUCUAAUAUCAUACUAUUCCAUCUGGUUUUUACUUAGUGGGACCAUCAUUUAUUUUCCAACAGGCCAUGACCCCAAACGCAUUGCUAAAUUAUGUGAGUUAUUUUUCCAAGGAUGAGAUCGAUGGAGUGCUGCACAAUCACCCAAUCCAAAUCCAGUUGAGAUGGUUUGAGAUAAGACAAGAGAAUGAAGGAAAAGCAGCUAACAAACACGCAACACCUCUGGGAACUCCUCAAGAUUGUUGGAAAAGCAUUCCAGGUGACUAUUUGGUUUCCCUGACCAAAAAAAGAAUUUUUUUUUUGAUCAAACUAUUUGUUCUGUUUUUUCCCCCCCAUCUAUCUGUUUUGUUUGAGACUUUAAUGCUCCAUUCCAAAGCCCUUAAAUUUGUCAAUGUGUCACCUGUUUGAUCAUUUUGUGCAGUUUUAGCACAUGUAACACUAGUUUCUUUCUCAUAGCCCUAUGCAUGUUUUGGAAGAAAAGAUCUACACACAGUGUGGAGGAGAAGAGGAGCGGCGCGCGUGUGCGCAGCCGCGCGUCAUUGCGCGCUGAUUGGAUAAGAGUGAAAGCACAUCCGUCUGUGUAUCCGGAAAUGUUGUAGACGAGAUCCAAGAAACUCUGCAGCUACAUCAUAUAAAAAUAAAAAAAAGCCAGCAUACAGGCCGAAUGGGGCAGUUCGAGGAUCGGUUGACGGAAGAAGUGCGACGUCAUAAGCACUUAUACGAUCCUUCUUCCAAACAUUACAAACACAGUGACGUGAUGUUCAAGUCGUGGAAGGAAAUAGGCAGGACACUGGGUGAAGAUCCGGAGGUGUGCAUGAAGAAAUGGAAAGCGAUACGAGACAAAUUCGUGCGUUUGAAAAAAAAAAUCAAAAACAGAAACGGCGGGGACUCGGGACCGGACGAGGAGAAAGAGCCGGAGUACUGCAUGAGGUUGUCGUGGCUCAACGGGUUUAUUAAACACCGAGACACGAAGAGCGACGCGGGGGAGUGGAGGCGGUGCGCCGUGCAGCGCGCGACCUGCAGCGACGACGACGACGACAGCGCGUGCACGGAAGCGUCGUCGGUCAGCCAGUCUGCAAAAAAGAGGAAGCGCGUCGCCACAGACACGAGGGUGGAAGUCGCGGACAAACUGGCAAUUAUACACCAGAAGAUGAUGCGCUGCUCGUCGGUGGUGUCUCAGCUGAGCGCCGUCGACGAAUCCCGUCGGAGCAGCGACGAGUUUUUCACCUUCGCCCAGGCGGUAGCGGACUCCCUCCGGAAACUCCCCCCUGACCGAGUGGAAGCUACCAAAGUGAAACUGUUUACUGUGCUGGGAGAAGCACACAAAUCAGCAGGACUUUAGAAAGACUAUAGACUAUUUAGAGACUAUAUAUAUAUAUAUAUAUAUAUAUAUAUA